AAUCUCAAUGAAAUUAAAAUUCCUCCAGUUACCAUUCUCCAUGAAACCACAUUGGUCAAAACUGAAAGCUGCAUAUACUACCUCCCCCAAUUAUUGGAAUCAGAUUCAAAGGUUGCAAGAUAGUGAUGACAUUUUCCCCUCUCACAUAAAAUUCAUCAAAAUCUUCUUAGAGUUAGACACAGAAUUCCAAAAUGGCAAAUUUGUUCAUUAAUCAUAAUCAGGCAAAACAGUAUGCUGAGAGUCGUCCCAGUUAUCCCGACCAACUUUUCCAGUUUAUUUCUUCCAUGACACCUUCCCAUGAUUUUGCUUGGGAUGUCGCCACCGGCAGUGGCCAGGCUGCUCGAUCUUUAGCUGAGAUCUACAAGAACGUGGUAGCGACAGACACGAGCCCAACACAACUCGAGAAUGCACCAAAGCUCCCCAACAUACGGUACCAACAUACCCCUCCCAUCAUGUCCACAGCGGAGCUUGAACAGAAGGUGGCUGCAGAGUCGAGUGUGGAUCUGGUGACGGUGGCUCAAGCGCUGCACUGGUUCGACCUCCCAAAAUUUUACCAACAGGUGAAGUGGGUGCUGAAGAAACCCUAUGGAGUAUUCGCCGCCUGGUGCUACACGAUGCCGGAAGUCAACGACGCCGUUGACGAUUUAAUACGACGAUUCUACGAGAACCCAUACAGGGAUCCGAGGCGUAGAAUGGUGGACGAUAAGUACAGUAGCGUCGAUUUCCCUUUCGAAGCAGUGGAGCGAGCAGGGGGCACGGGGCCAUUUGAAUUUGUGACAGAGAGGGUGAUGGGGUAUGACGAGUAUAUGACGUACUUGAGAUCGUUGUCGAUGUAUCAGAAGGCCAAGGACAACGGCGUGGAGCUGCUGACGGCCGAUGUGGUGGAGGAUUUCAGGCGUGCUUGGAAUGUUGACUGCGGCAAUGGGCAGAAACUGGUUAAGUUUCCUGUGUUUUUGAGAAUCGGUAAGGUGGAGAAGUGAUAAUAUAAUUUGAUACUGGAGGCUUUAGGCCGGAUACGUUUAAGAACAGGAGUUUAGAAAAAUCAUUUUUCUUUUUGAGAAAACUGUGUUAUAUGGUGAAUGGUAUGUAAUUUGUUAUAAAAUCAUUUAAAUGUU